AUGUCCAGCCUACCCCCAAAUUCUGUGCCGAUCUCACUAAGGCAACGACGACGUGUUGAGGAUCGAUGGUUGCAAGACCGUCCCGAACAGCCUGCGACGAAGGAGCGGCUGCUGGAGUUACUGCUCGAUAAAUACUGGCAGGGAGUCGCUCGCGAGCUCAAACACAUUCUGCUCGCAUUGGCCGAAAUCAGAGACGUUGGCCUCGUCAAGACCGAAGUCGUCAACGCCAGUGCUCGCGAGAUCCUGGGAUACAACACCUUUAUCGACCAGAUUUGCGAAAGCAAUCUCGUCAAGACCCAUGGUCCGUCCUGCCGUGACUAG